UUUUACACAGCGCUCGUCUUUCUGUGACCAUCGAGCGCGUUCACGCUUCCCAACUUUUAUUCGUUUGGAAAUCAGCACAGCCGACGAAUCUUAUCAGCACCUACUAAUGAAGCUUUGGUAACUGAAGGUCUUCUAUAUCUCCACUAUCCCAGCAGGGAGAUCCCUAAGAUGUGAUCAUUGCUUCACUUACGUCAUCAAUCUCCUUCAGGCUGGUGCAAUUCGUCAUCGUCGUGGUUUCUCGUUCGAGUCGUCUAAUUUCUCUCCUAAUCAACGGUUAACGACGCUCAGAUCAGGAUGAUAUGGGGAUCUUGGGAUUGUUUCAUAGGCCGUCCUCUGAUCUCGAUGGGACAAUUUGGACCAUGGGAGAAAUGUUGUCCAUUAAAUCAGACCUUCGGAUUUCGGACCAUGAACACUGAGAUAACUGGUGGGCGCCAACUUACGCGGCAAGUGCCCACUACCCCUUCAUUCACUCUCGGCAAUGGCCUCAAAGUUCGGAGAGGUCUUUUCGUUGAGUGCCACCCUACCAGAUCCCUUCAUGUGUUUUUUUCUUUCUAUCAUCCGUCUGAUGUUCUGUUUGGUGUUUCUCCGUUGGAUCGAAACAUGUGCUUGUCGAGGUAUUUGUGCUCAAUCCUGUUGCACCACCUCGCUGCUGGGCUGCCGAUAUCUAUGCACAAGCAGAAAACUAUUGCCGUUAUUUUUGAGGGCCAGGGCCCGGUGCCGAGCUGCUUAUCCGAGGUUCCUUUCCACGAGCCGUAGUCUCGCCAACUUCUUAGGAAGAUGAAUGUCCUCCCUACCUUGCUGGUAAAAUCAACAU